UCACACCGUACUAUACAUCAGACAAUCUGUACUGGAGAGAAACGAUUUACUUGUGAAAUAUGUAGCAAAGUCUUCAAUAAAAAAUCUUAUCUUACAAGUCAUCUUAGAAUUCAUACUGGAGAGAAACCUUACAAGUGUAAUGAGUGUGGGAAGAUGUUCAGUAGAAGUUCACACCUUGGAAAACAUAGGAGAAUCCACACUGGAGAGAAACCUUACAAGUGUAAUGAGUGUGGCAAGAUGUUCAAUAACAGUUCAUACCUUGGACAACAUUGGAGAAUCCACACUGGAGAGAAACCUUUCAGAUGUGAUGAGUGUGGCAAGGUCUUCCGUAACAAAUCCUACCUUGCAAACCACCGGAGAAUUCACACUGGAGAGAAACCUUACAAGUGUGAUGCAUGUGGCAAGGUCUUCAGUCAGAGUUCACACCUGGCAAGUCAUCGUAGAAUCCACACUGGAGAGAAACCUUUCAAAUGUAAUGWGUGUGGCAAGGUCUUUAGUCGUAACUCAUACCUCAUUCGACAUGUGAUAAUCCACACUGGGGAGAAACCCUACAAAUGCAAUGAGUGUGGCAAGGUCUUCAAUAAAGAAUCAAUCCUUACAAAUCAUCAUAGAAUUCACACCGGAGAGAAACCUUACAAGUGUAAAGAGUGUGGGAAGAGCUUCAGUCAGACUGCACAUGUUACACAACAUCGUAGAAUCCACACUGGAGAGAAACGUUUCGAAUGCAAUGAGUGCGGCAAGGUCUUCCUACAAAAAUCAGUCCUUAUAAGUCAUCAAAGAAUCCACACUGGAGAGAAACCUUUCAAAUGCAAUGAGUGCGGCAAGGUUUUCCAUCAAAAAUCAGGUCUUAUAAGUCAUCAAAGAAUCCACACUGGAGAGAAACCUUUCAAAUGCAAUGAUUGCGGUAAGGUCUUUAGUCAGAAAUCAACCCUUACAAUUCAUCUUAGAAUUCAUACUAGAGAAAAACCUUACAGUCGUAACGAGUGAGAGAAGGUCUUCAAUCACAUUUCACACCUUGCACAACAAGAGAAUUCACACUGGAGAGAAACCUUUCAAAUGCAGUGAGUGUGGCAAGGUCUCCAUCCUCAACUCUGACCUAGCAAGACAGCUGAUGAUAAUUCAUACUGGGAGAUGUCUUACAAAUGCAAUGAAUGUGGUAAGGUCUUUGUUGCAGUUCACGUCUUGCUUAUCAUCAUAGGAUCCGUACUGGGGAGAAACCUUAAAAAUGCAAUGAGUGUGGCAGUGUUUUUAGUCACAAGUCAUCCCUAGCUAGUAAUCAAAGAAUCCACAUUGGAGAGAAAUCUUUCAAAUUCAGUGAGUGUGAAAAGAUCUUCAGUUGUAGCUGAUACCUAACAAAACAUCAGAUAAUUCAUACUGGACAGAAGACCUACAAAUGAAAUCUAUGUGGCAAGGUCUUCAGUCUGAAUCAUCCCUGAGACGACACUGGAGG